AUGCGCGAGUUGCGAAUCCACACAAUCAUCCAAAGUCACUUCAAAGUCUAUGACGCCUCGGGUAGACACCCCUUCAGCAUACUAUUCGGCCUCUGUCGUCGCUCAGACAAGGACCCUCGGCCAUUACUCUUCGAGACUGCAGGCUCGGCAAUGGAUGUCCCGUAUGCGCUGGCAAAUGGCUUACUUGAAAUAAAACAACAAGAUCCUCAAGACGCUAAGCAGUGGUUGCCAGUAGAUCUUAGCCGACUGAACCAAGUGGCUCCGAAAGAGUCGUACUGCCUUUCCCUGUCAUCCCCGAUCAACAGGAAGGAACCCUACAGAAAGCACUUCACGCUAUAUCACUAUGAGAUCCAUGAGCAUGGUCCGUUGGCAUCGAUUCUGAAGCCGGGAAAGAAGUAUGCUAUAACACUGGCGAGCAAAGAUCUCGGCGUGAUACUGUGGACGUCUAGUGAUGGAAAGAAGUUCGUCGACAAUGGUGAGCAGCCAAGCUGUGAUUCUGAACCAGUCAAGUUGGUCAAUAGCAAACCUGGAGCCGGUAAAGCGGAAUUCGCGGUCGUGGAGAGCCUGUCCUGGCCACCAACAGUAGAGACAAGAAUACGUCUCUGCGUACCCUCCUCAUCCUCUGAUACCGCACCUGCCAACGCUGGGUCAAGCAGUCGCACCGCCUUGGAAGUCUCUGUCAUCAAUCAUGGUUCGUACGCCGUCACUGUGCAGACGCGAGGACACCAGCGUUUCCUGAUUCCCUGGGGUCUCCUCCAACCCGAACCUGGCGCUUGCGACAACCGCAUGAGAAUAAUCGACGCCACGGCCCAUACACCGCCGACGUCCAGUCUACAGGUUGUUCACUCUGUGACUGGGGAAGUAGUCCGGGAGAACAACGGACAGCGCGGUAUAGGCCCGUCAAUAGAUCCUAUUACUGACAAACGACCAAAGGCUGCGGAUGUGGUGACGUUGAAUCCUGAGGUGCCGUAUCUUAGGGAAAUUGAUCUCGGAGCGUUCGUGGAUGGGUUGGUGGAUGGGAAAUACACGGUUCAGAUGCGACCAGAGCGUUGUCGGUGGUGGCCUGGGGAGGUUGAAAAGGAGGAAGGCGAGGAUGGGAGGGUGCCAGCGCAUUUAUGUAGGAAUCUCAAUCCUCCUCUGAUGCUUGAAUCGCAGGAUAAGGUAGAGCUACGCAUAAGAGAUGGGACGGUGAAGCACAAUAUGUGA